UUGCCGGACUCCAGCCGUUGAGAUCACAUCGGAUCGGAUCAUCACAUCACCUCCAAACACCCAGGACCAGACAUGAACAGGCAACUGAUGAGCAAAUUGCCAUCUUCAGCCCUUGUGAGUGCGGUGCUGGUGGUGUGCUGGCUGGCAGGAUUGGGACAAUCUGAUUCAUUGGAAGAUGAAGCAAAGAACAAUAUCACCAUCUUCACCAGAAUUCUCGACAGACUCCUGGAUGGCUAUGACAACCGCCUGAGACCAGGAUUAGGAGAGAGAGUAACCGAAGUGGAGACAGACAUCUAUGUCACAAGCUUUGGCCCUGUUUCAGACACUGACAUGGAGUACACAAUUGAUGUGUUCUUUCGGCAAAGCUGGAAAGACGAGAGGCUAAAGUUUGAGGGCCCAAUGAAUCUUCUUCGAUUGAACAACCUGAUGGCCAGUAAAAUAUGGACACCAGACACGUUCUUUUAUAAUGGGAAGAAAUCUGUGGCGCAUAACAUGACCAUGCCAAACAAGCUGUUACGAAUCCGAGAUGAUGGGACUCUUUUAUAUACAAUGAGGCUCACUGUCCAGGCAGAGUGCCCAAUGCACUUAGAAGAUUUUCCAAUGGAUGCUCAUUCUUGUCCCUUGAAAUUUGGAAGCUAUGCAUAUACAUAUUCAGAGGUGAAUUACAAUUGGACUCAUGGACCAGCAAAAUCUGUGGUAGUUGCAGAAGAUGGCUCUCGGCUGAACCAGUAUGAUUUACUAGGACAGACUGUGGGGGAAGAGCUCAUCCGGUCAAGUACAGGUGAAUACAAAGUUAUGACAACGCAUUUCCACCUUAAGAGAAAAAUUGGGUAUUUCGUGAUCCAGACCUACCUGCCAUGUAUCAUGACUGUCAUUCUUUCACAAGUAUCAUUUUGGCUGAACAGAGAGUCCGUCCCAGCAAGGACAGUCUUUGGGGUGACGACAGUGCUUACAAUGACAACUCUGAGUAUCAGUGCCCGAAACUCCCUCCCUAAAGUUGCAUAUGCCACUGCCAUGGACUGGUUUAUUGCUGUGUGCUACGCCUUUGUGUUCUCUGCACUGAUAGAAUUUGCCACAGUAAAUUAUUUUACAAAACGAGGUUGGGCUUGGGAUGGGAAAAGUGUCGUGAACGAAAAGAAAAAAGAAAAAGCUUCUAUUAUGAAGAAAAAUAAUGCUUACGCAGUGGCAGUUGCCAAUUAUGCACCUAAUAUCACCAAGGACUCAGUUCUGCCAACAAUUGCAAAGAGUGCAACUGCAGAACCAAAAGACGCCAAACCAGAGUCCAAACCACAGGACGCUAAGAAAACAUUUAACAGUGAAAGCAAAAUUGACAGAAUGUCAAGGAUAAUGUUUCCUGUUUUAUUUGGAACUUUCAAUUUAGUGUACUGGGCCACCUAUUUAAACAGAGACCCUGUUAUUCAAGCGAUGAUGCCAGAUAAUAACCAUUAAUACAUUUUAAGGCAGUGUAGAAUUUCUAAAAGGUGAUGAUGCCAAAUACAACUGGUAAUUGCUGAUCUAUGUACUUUGGUAUGUUUAUAAAACAAGCCUUUAUUUUGACAUGAUUCGCACACGAAAAAAGUCCUCAUUUAUAAAACGAUUCAAGAUGCGAAAUGAAAGAAAGAUCAAUUUAGAACAAGAUAGUAAGGAUCUUAAAA